AUGGAUGACAAUUCAGAUGACGAUGAUCAUCUUUCAACCAUCAACCUUACUCCUUCUGAAGCCAAUACUGGCGCUUCAGACGAGUAUGACCUCUCACAUGAUGAGGAUGAUGAUCCUCUAGCUGCAGCAAAUGCUGCCGAUGACGACCCAUCUGGCGUUCCCGAAGACGAAGACGAAUAUUCACUCACCGACUCUGACGCAGAAGGAGCACACGCGUUCCGCCAUGCUGCCCCAGAAUAUCGAUGGCGCUUCAAUCGUGUUCAUCACAAAUCACGGGAGCGAAAGAGAGCAAUAGAAGAACUAAACGCGAGGAUUAUAGACCUGGAAGCAAGAAAUCGGCUGCUUAAUGAGAGAAUUGUAAGACUUAGCCAACCGAGGGACACACUGAGGAAAACUCGAGUGACUUGGCCAGAUCGCAUUGGCAGUGAGAGCUGGGAAACAAUCUACAAGCUCUCGUGCUUGGAGGGAAAUGCUUCGCCUAAACUCACAAAACUUCAUCCGGAUCUAAAUCUGAGAAGGCCUACGAACCGAGAGCUACAAGCAGAUCUAUUGCAGGACGACCCUUCAGAGCACCAGAGGCCGCGGCCUUCUGAUAUGCUUGCGGGCAAGACACCUGGGGGCAACAUACUUAGGGGAAAGCUGCCUACGAAAAUACCUGAUAAGAUACAAUUCCAGAUUCUACGACAUUUCUUCGACUUUCGAGGCAAGGUGGUCCAUGCCAUAUCCCGCCUAGACCCGCAUCAUCCGUUAGAUGAAGCGCCCAUGAAUCUCAAUCAAAGGCCGAGCUACCUCCAUCGCCUACACGUGGGAAGGACUCCGGGUCGCUUUGCCAAAGGUAUUAGAGCAAAUGUUCAACGGCUGCAGCAUAUUGAGAUUUACUGGCAGGGGUCGCAGCAUCUCACCUUUACGAUCAACGAGCGCGGGAAAUAUACAUCACGCCGCACAUUCGCGCUCGUAUGGCUUCCAGAGGCCAUUCGCCUCAAGACUCUGGGUGUCUACGUUCAAGAGUCCAAUGAGGAGUAUAUGCGUCGCCAACAUGAACCGAGGGGCAUAACCGAGCACAUGAAGUGCAAAAUGCAAAUACACCCUAACUUCAGAGGCUUCCGAUCCCUACGCACGAUACAAGGCAUGGACUAUGUCUAUAAUCUCCGAGGCCUAGACCAAGCUGAAUUCUGGGAUUUCGACCGGUGGCUUCAUACAAAAGAGAGGAAGCGACCAGUGCGAGACUGGCACUUUGUAAAGGACGUGAACAACUCUGUCCGGAGGCCCAAAGAAGCCGGUGAUCGUUGUAAAUCACAGCUGAGGAAUCUCUUUCCAUCACUCAAUUCGUUUGAGCCAUCAGAUGCAGAUUGGGACAUUCUGCUCAGAGGUCUCGGGGUAGUAGAGGAAAACGCUCCGGAAGACUCGAGUUCGGAUUCUGACCCCGAGUCUGGUUCUGACCCCGAUUCUGGUUCUGAUUCCGAUUCUGACUCUGGCUCUGAUCCUGAGUCUAACUCUCGUUCCAACCCUCGCCAGAGUCGUCCUCUAAGCCCUGGUUCGGAUUCAGGUUCUGAUGCGAGCUCAGAUGAUGACGGCGACGAUGAUGCCCCAUCACAGGCAAUCCCGUGGCACAAUAUGGGGGACAACUCAACCAACACCGAAGAAGACGGUGGCCCUUCUACAGGGGACUCACAAGCUAACGAUCUACAGCACAACUUCCACUUGCUUCGUUUGAUGGCCAUUAACGGUGACGGUGACGGUGAUCAGGAGAGCGAUGAUGGAUCCGCCACCGUCGUGCCAGAUGACAGAUCAGUCUCUGGACAUCAAGUCAUCGACCUUACCGAGGAUGAAGAUAAUGAAGAUCAGCCAAACCAAGAGCUUGACCAAGAACUUGACCAGGGGCUUAACCAGGAGCUCGACCAGGAGCUCGAUCAUGAGCUUGAUCGGGAGCUUGAUCAUGAGCUUGAUCGGGAGCCUGACCAAGAUAUAGCGUCUUCUGAUCAAGGUUCAACCAAUGGCAAUGCGGAGGGCAGCCUCUUUGUUUCCGAUGCUGGAUACGCCCCGUCAUAUACAGAAUCACUCACACGGAGCACGCAGGGCAAUAGAAGCACGGGAGGUCGUGGGCGCGAUUCUGAUGAUUCUGAUGAUACCGACGAUUCAAUCAUCUCCCCCGCGCCGACCGCAGAAAGCGAAGCAAGUUUAUUCGUCGGCUCCGCACCUUCCUACAUAUAUCGAACAACAUCAUCGACGACGACUAGACGACAAAACGAAAGAAACGAUAUACCACUAAUUGAUCUCACGAUAGAGGAUCUGACCGACCAAUUCCUCCGCGAACAAUCGGCUGCGUCUUCAGACUCCCGUAAACGCGACCAUCUUAAGCUCGAAGAGGACGAGGAAGACAAAGACGAUGGUGGCGCUCCGGGAGGCGCGAAGAGGCUUUGCACGUAA